GGAAAAGUAUAUAUAUGAUCAACCGUUGACACCUUGAUGGCACCUUCUAUCUACUCCGCACAACGAUAACAUAGCUCUUACAUUCAACACCCCGCUACAAUAAUAUAAGCUUCUGCAUAUACGCUUCAAAUUCAACUAUCGAAUUUACCCCUUUCACAAUGGCAAAGCAAGGAAGUUGUUUCUGCGGCAAAGUCCGCAUCUCCAUCGAGGGAGAGCCGGUUGCGAAGGUCCUCUGCCAUUGUCUCGACUGCCGCAAGAUCACGGGCUCGGUUUUCAGCACCAACCUCAUUACGCCUGGCUCGGGGUUCAAGGUUCUAUCUGGCGAGCCAAAGGCCAUCUCCAAGACUGGAGACUCUGGUAACGAGGUCACUUCGCACUUCUGCGGUGACUGUGGCAGCACCCUCUGGCGCGACGGACCCAGCUUCGGCGACAACAAGGUUAUCAAAGUUGGUGUAUUGGACGACUACGAAGCCCUCAACGAGGCCAAGCCUGUCGGGGAGCUUUUCAUCAACCACCGAGUUAACUGGGUCCCCGAGGUUCCUGGUACUGCUCAGAAGUCUGCCAUGUAAAUAUGGUAAAAUGAACAAGUUAGGAAUUAAGGAGAAGUGACCGUUUGGUAGUCAAAGAAAAUACAUGAUACAGGUUGCCCACCUGCUACCUAUGAAAUUGAAUACAAUACAAGAACUACUUAGAGAUAAUAGCUCUAUUCUAUACGAAUAAUACCCAGUUUUAAGUCGUGA